AAACACCAGAGAACUGAAGAGUCAUUCCACAACAAAGGCGGAACAAUCUGUGACAAAAGAGCAGAGAGAUGAUGCGCUGAUAGAAGACAGAUGUAAAGAUGAGACAGGUGCCAGGAGAGGUCAUGCCCACAACACACAGACACACAGACAGACAGUGAGGUUUUCUCAGCUGAGGAAUGUCAUGUUUACAUGUUUAUCAAGCGGUAACAGCACAACAUCAUAUUCGUCAUUCUGCAGAUUACACCGUCUACCCUGUUGAAAAAAAGGCUCCAGGAUGCUGCAUCCAAAGACAGAGUCCAGUGAGAAAGUCUCCUCCAGGACCUGCAGUGUUUUGCUGUUCAUCAUUCUUCUAAUACAGUCCGUUGGAGCUCAGUCAGAGUUGACUUGUUCACAUAAACCAAUCGUAGCCCUGGCUGGUGAUGAUGUCAUUUUACCAUGUCACCUUGAACCUGCAGUCAGCGCCAGUUCUGAGACAGUGGUGUGGACCAAACCUGGUUUGGAGCCAGAGUACAUCCAUGUUCACCAAGAUGGACGACUGAUAUUUCAGAGGCAAAACCCGUCUUAUCAUUUCCGAACAGCUCUGUUUGUGGAUGAACUGAUUAAAGGAAACGUCUUCCUAAAACUCUCCAGUGUGAAAAUCUCUGAUGCAGGAAAAUACUUUUGUUUCCUUCAAUCAAUGCAGAAGGAAAUUUCCAUCCAGCUCACUGUUGGUGCUGUCUCCUCGCCCAUCAUACAGGUUGUCUCAGAUAACAGUGACAGUGUGGUGUUUCAGUGUGAGUCUGCAGGCUGGUAUCCAGAGCCUGAGGUGUUUUGGCUGGACGGUGAGGGAAACCUCCUCUCUGCUGGACCUACAGAGACAGUCAGAGGUCCUGAUGACCUCUAUACUGUCAGCAGCAGAGUGACUGUGGAGAAGAGACACAGCAACAACUUCACCUGUAGAGUCCAACAGAAGGACAUCAACCAGACCAGAGAGACUCACAUCCAGGUUACAGGGACCAGGAGGAACAAGAAAACUGACGGAAACGAAAUUAAGGCCGGCGUUCUCGAGUUGUCCAGAUUGAAUGGGCUAAAGGAACUGGAGAACCAGGGAGCAACUGGGGAACAAAGAGAGUGCAGACCAACAGAGAGACGAGGAACAAACAAAUAAGAAAAGAACAAAGUGAAAAUGGAGAAGAGGAACUGGAGAGGACGCUUCAGUCAGUGAAGACGAUGGACAGAAAUAAGAUGCCCUCGUGAUACAGCAGGAAGAACUGUGGAGAUGAACCUGAACUUCAGGAAGAGCAACACAGAGACAGCUGACAGUUUAUAACACAAUGCACGCUGCAAAGCAGUUUUUCAUACAAUGUGACUUUAAAACAAACUAACAGAGAUUAUUAAAUCUGUAAAAGAUAAGCAAAUGAACAUGUCACCAGUGCAGCAAUGUGACUCGACUACAAUGAAGCUCUAUGGCACAGAGGAAGAUAAAAAAAAUCAACAGCUUUAGUAACUUUAAAGAUGACAAUUUAUCAUCCCCC